UCGUUAGUCUUUUAUGUUUUCAAUGUUUUCAUAUUAUGUAUAAGCGAAUUUCGCGGUAUUUAAGUUAUUGCUUUUCAUUUCAGGCCGUACAUCGAACGGACGAUGUUCGGCGGAUUGUUAUUGUUAUUAUUCAUUAAAAAUCAUAUAUUAAUCAUCAUUGACUUUAUAUACCUAGUUUCCAAGUACCUAUUAUAUUCCUGUGAAUUGCUUCUGUAAGUAUCGUUCAUAGUAAUUUGAUUGCACUUGUCGUAAUAUUCUUUUUACAUUUCAGGCCGUACAUCGAACUGUGGAUGUUCGGCGGAUUGUUAUUGUUAUUAUUCAUUCAGAAUCAUGUAUGCAUCAUCAUUGACUUUGUAUGGUUUCCAAGUACUAUAUUCCUGUGAAUUGCUUCUGUAAGUAUCGUUCAUAGUAAUUUGAUUGCACUUGUCGUAAUAUUCUUUUUACAUUUCAGACCGUACAUCGAACUGUGGAUGUUCGGCGGAUUGUUAUUGUUAUUAUUCAUUCAGAAUCAUGUAUGCAUCAUCAUUGACUUUAUAUGGUUUCCAAGUACUAUAUUCCUGUGAAUUGCUUCUGUAAGUAUCGUUCAUAGUAAUUUGAUUGCACUUGUCGUAAUAUUCUUUUUACAUUUCAGGCCGUACAUCGAACUGUGGAUGUUCGGCGGAUUGUUAUUGUUAUUAUUCAUUCAGAGUCAUGUAUGCAUCAUCGUUGUCUUUGUAUGGUUUCCAAGUACUAUAUUCCUGUGAAUUGCUUCUGUAAGUAUCGUUCAUAGUAAUUUGAUUGCACUUGUCGUAAUAUUCUUUUUACAUUUCAGGCCGUACAUCGAACUGUGGAUGUUCGGCGGAUUGUUAUUGUUAUUAUUCAUUCAGAGUCAUGUAUGCAUCAUCAUUGUCUUUGUAUGGUUUCCAAGUACUAUAUUCCUGUGAAUUGCUUCUAUAAUUACAAAACAUCAUGGCGUACCAGAGUGGAAAAGGAAUCUGAAUGUGAAGAAUUUCAACUACCAUCCAAACCAAAACAGACAUUAUUUGAUUUGACAGAUUGUAGUAGUGAUGAAGGAUUUUGUGCAUUACAAGUACAAAAUAAGAAACAAUGUAAGACAUACACAGAUUUAAAGACAGUUGAGACAACUCCUUUACAUUCAUAACAAUUAAUAAUGGAUCAACCUGCCACACUUCAAUCAAUUUCAACGUAUCAGCCUUCUAAUAAAUUGACUACAGUACAUCAACCUCCUAUUAUUCCAGAUGUACAGUCCUAGUGAUGGUUUGGACGAAAAAUCACUCGAUGAUUGUUUAUUGAACAUAUUUUAACGUGAAAUUUCACUCGAUCAAGUCUUGUCGGUCGUUUAUGAAAGUAAAAUUGCGAAAUCAAUUAGGUAGACAUUCAAUUCCAUCUCCAACAACUUUUGUUCAAAGCCAUCCAAUUCUCCAAAAUAAGUAAGAGGGAAAUUUCUAGUUUCAUCGAUACAAUUGGCUAGAAGAACUUCAACAAAUUUUAAAAGCUGUUAAUCUGGGGAAAUCUGAUACCAAACAAUCCUGCUCAUACCCAAAAAACAAAAGUUACGAAAUAAGAAACUGUAGAAGUCUAUAACUCAAGACCACAGAAAAACCAACAAGACAGGCGCCGGUUGUACAACAUCCAAAUAUUUUACGAGACCAUGCAUUACCAAUCUUCUACACCGCUUGGACCAAAUCCAAUAGAACCUAUUGUUGAAACCACAAGUUCAGCUAUACAAUUUGAAAAGUUACCAUUCUUUAAGACAGUAAAACAAUUGACAAAGCCUAUGCACCUCAAGUCUGAUUCUAACAAAUUGAUUUGUCAAUUUAAGCUACAAGAUCGUGUUAAAAGUUCUAUUCUUAAAUCAUGGAAUUUUGAUAGAAAAGAAUAUAAGUUUCAAAUAAUUUUAAGAUUGCAACAAAUUGGACUUAAUGAAAAUGUUAAGGAACGUUUACCUUACAAUAUUAGAGUUUCUGUGAAUGGACAUCAAUGUAUUUUACCUGAAUUAAACGACCAACUAAACCCUGAAAUCGUUCAGUGGCGAAACAAUGAUCCUAUAGAUAUUACUGAACAAACAGAUUUAAGAAAAUUUGGUUUACCGAACAUAUUAGAAAUUACAUGGUCACAAGAACCACACAGUUAUAUAGGUUGUAUUUAUGUGGCCCAAAAAUUGACUUGGAAUGAUCUGCUUGUAGAACUUGAAAAAAGACCAAAACGUGACUCUGAUAAAAUUAAAGAACUCUUUACAGAAUCUAUGGAAAAUGAUGACGAUAUGCUUGAAGAUUUCCUGGUUGCUUCCGUUCAGGAUCCUUUUACUAACCUAAGGAUGAAUCUUCCUGCUCUGGGUGUAGACUGUAGACACUUACAAUGUUUUGAUGCAAUACAAUUCUUACAGAUGAAUGAACAAAAGCAAACAUGGAAAUGCCCAAUAUGUAAAAACAAAAUUAAAUUUGAAAACAUUGUAAUAUGUGAAUUUUUUUUAAACAUACUUCAAAGUAAUGAUCUAACAGAAGAAUGUGAUAAUGUUGUUUUUUUCAAAGAUGGAACAUGGUCUGAGAGUAUAACAAAUGCCAGUCAAUCUACAAACGAUAUAGAAGACCUUACAUUAUCAGAUUCUGAUUCUGAAGAAAGGAACCUAGACAAUGUUGAUAGUGAUGAGAUUACUUUAAAACCAAAACGUUUUAAAUAUAAUCCGCCUGAAGUAGUAGAAAUAAAUAACAGACUUGAAAACAUGGGUAAAUCAAGAAAGUCUUUAAUUGUUAUAACGUUAGGUUAAACUAAUGUAUUUCAAUUCUUACUGAUCUUAUAUGGUAUACAAUUUGUUAUGCUAAUAACUCGUUUUUAAAAACAUAGUACAACUGGUAAUGAUUUGUAUUUUAUCAAAACUGAAUUAUUGUAAAUAGUUAGUACUCUUAAUAAUGUAUAUAAUAACUUUUAAAUGCCAUAACUAAUAUAAUUUUAAUACAGUAAUUAUUGUAAAUAAAUAAUUUUUUUCCAUGUUAACAUAUUAAUGCAUCAUUUAAAAUAUAAGGGUACCCCACAUUACAGCCUAUUACUGAAUAUGAUUGUGGCUGUGAAUAUGGUAGCUAUUGAGAUUCUUUUUCAUCAGUAUAUAAUAUGUUUAAUUAUUAUUUUCAAUAACAUUAAAAACAAUUCAUAGUUAUAAGUUCCUAUAAAAUAACUUAGGUUAAAAUGAUUUUAUUAUAAAAACAACAUUUGUAUAUAAGUAAAAAUAAUUGUAUGAUGACUUGUAUUUAUAGUAUUUUUAAUUUCUAUAUAAUAAUGUUGUA